UUCCUUUUGACUGUCUAGCAUGCAAAAGGUUAACACGGCACAAUGGACCAAGGAAUACUUGUGCUGGUUUUUGUCUUAAGCUUUUCAGUAUCUACGAAAGAAGCAGGAAGAUGUGGAAAGCUUUCAGAUAGUUGUGGUAAAAGUAGCUUUGAUAGAUCUAUAACUGUUGGAGGUGGUCAGACAUUCAGUGGACCAAUCAAAAUUCACCUUGAUAUAUCUAUAGACGUUGGCGGAACUGGUCGUUAUCAUCAUUGUAGAAAGUUACGGCAUCACCCGAAAUGCAAAUUGCUACGGCAACGAUGUCGACGUUUUUGUCACCAUCGUCACUGCAAAUAUAACGAUCAUCACCAUGUGAUAAUUGGUCACCAUCCAAGUGCGAUACUUGGUACCUAUCACCGUGUGAUAUAUGGUCACUAUCACCGUUGGCUUCAUCGAUACAAGUAUCGUAUGAUCCAUUACCAUAACAACCACCAUAGACUUCAUAACCUUCGUUUAGUUCAUUAUCACCGUCACAGUAGGCGUCAAUAUCGAGAUUUAAUCCGACUACAUCGAUAUAAGAAACACCAGCUUAUGCUAAAUUAUGACCAAAACAUCAGUAGGUUUUACCACCACCAUAAUAUUUAUUUACACCAGAAACAAAAGCGUUGGCUGAAGUAUUUUAAACGCCAUAUUCGUAGGUUUUCCAAGCACCGACACUUCCAUAUCCACAGGUUUCACCACCAACAUAGACUUCAACGAAAUCAACAUCAAAUACGUUGGCUUCACUUACACCACCGUCGUAUCCGUACGUUAAAUCAAUACCAUAUGCUUCUUCGACAUCAGAAACAAAAGCAUUUGAAUCAGUAUAAUCACCAUCACCACAACAGUAGGUUUUAUCAUGAACAAAAGUAUUCUAAACAACAAACCAGUAGAUUUCGCAAUCACCAUCACCACCAUGUGCGCAGGUUUCAUCGCCACCGUCGCUACCUUAUGCGUAGAUUUCACCAUCACCGUAGACUCCAACGAUAUCAACUGCACAAGCGUUGGGUUAAACUUCACCACCGUCAUGUCCGUAGGAUUUACCGACACCAUAGUCUUCUUCAUUAUCAGGAACAAAAGCAUUUGAUUCAGUAUGACCAUCAUCAGCGCAUCCAUAGGUUUCACCAUAGGCUUCAUUUACAUAAGGAACACAAGCGUUUGGUUAAAAAUUUGAAACAGCACAUCCACCGGUUUCAUCAUCACCGCCAUCACCAUAUGCGUAGGUUUCAUCGCCACAGUAGUCACCAUUUGCGUAGGAUUCUCCUACACAAUAGACUUCAACGAAAUCACUUGCAAAAGCAGUUGGUACAGGUUCAUCACCACCACGUUCGGAGGUUUAAUCGACUCGAAGGUCUUCGUCGUCAUAAAGAACAAAAGCGAUUGCUUCGGUUAAAUCACUAUCACCACAUUCGUAUAUUUCAUCAACAACACAGGAUUUGGAAAAAUCAGCAAAACAAACUUUGGGUUCGGCAUAACCCCCAUCACGUUCGUAAGUUUCAUAACCACCAUAAACAUCGACACUAUCAGGAGAAAAAACUUUGGGUAAAGUUUCACCAUCACCAUGUCCGUACGUUUCACCAAUACCAUAAGCUUCUUCAAUAUCAUAAAGAUAAGCGUUUGAUAAAGUAUAAUCACCAUCACCACAUCCGUAGAUUUUAUCAUAAUCAUAGAUUUCAUUUACAUCAGAAACACAAGUACUCUACUCGCCAAAUCCGUAGGUUUCUGAAUCACCGCCACCACCAUGUGCGUAGGUUUCAACGCCACAGUCGUGAGCAUAUACGUAGAUUUCAUCACCAUCGUAGACUUCAACGAUAUGAGCUACAAAGGCGUUGGAUUAAGUUGCACAAUCGCCAUGUUCGAAGGUUUCACCAACACAAUAGUCUUCGUCGAUAUCAGGGAAAAAAGCGUUUGAUUCGGUAUAAUCACCAUUUCCACAUCCGUAGGUUUUCUCAUAGUCAUAGGCUUGUUAUACAUCAGGAACACAAGUGUUGGCUUAAGCAUUCGAAACACCAUGUCCAAAGGUUUCACCAUCGCCUCCAUCACCAUAUGCAUAGGUUGCAUCGCCACAGACGUCAUCAUUUGCGUAGGUUUCACCUACACAGUAGACUUCAACGAUAUCAACUGAAAAAGCGUUCGGUAAAGAUUCACCACCACCAUGUUCGUAGGUUUAAACGACAUGAAACUUUUCGUCAUAAUAAGGAACAAAAGCGUUUGAUUCGGUAUAAUCACUUUCACCACAUCCGUUUAUUUCACCAACAACACAGGCUUUGGAAACAUCAGCAACACAAACUUUGGGUUCGCCAUACCGACAACCAUUUCCGUAAGUUUAAUACUUACCAAAGACUUCUACAAUACCAGAGGCAAAAACGUUGGGUUAAGUUUCACCACCAGCAUGUCCUUUUGAAACAUCAGCAAAAAAAAGACUGGAGUCACCAUAAUCAUUUCCGUAGGUUUAACUACCACCAUAAGAAUCAUCUUCAGUACCACCGUCACCUAAACAGACAUCUUCACAGUCGAUAUCUCAACAAACAUGGUCGUCAUCGUCAUGUGAACAGCUAUCUUCACCCUCGUUAUCGUCGUCAGCAAAAUCGUUGGGUUCACUUACGCAACCACCAUCAUAAAAAUACGCUUUAUCUACACCAGAAACACCAGCGUUGGCAAACGUUUUCUCAAUACCACUUACGUAGGUUUCACCACCACCGCCAUCACUAUGAGCAAAUGUUUCUUCAUCACCGUCAUAAACAUGUGCUGAAAAGAGACCAAUCCGUAGAAUUUUAG